CCGGGCCGUCUGAUCUCAUUUACGGGGGCUACCGCCAGAUCCGCAGGCAGCUGCAGUUUCUUGGCCGAGGGUUUCGGCGUUGGGCCGCUGCGUGGCGGAGCGGCGGCAGCAGCGCAGCACAGCAGCACCUUUGACGUGCCCGUUCCCCACGUGACGGCCGCUCCAUUGCGGGGCGGGCGCUGAGCUGCCGCCGCUCCGCCAGAGCGGAGAGAGCCGCAGCCGCAGCGUGUGUGUGUGUGAUGAGAGAUCGCCGCGUCCCUCCGCCCGCCGCCGGCUGACACCCCCAGGAGCAGCGGCAGGAGGAGCCGAGGAGCCGCUGUCACUCCGCACUGACCUUGGCCCGGGAGCACACCAAAAGCGGAUCAAAUCUGUGGGACAUGGCACAAGGAAAUAAUUAUGGGCAAAGCAGCAAUGGGGUGGCUGAUGAAUCCCCAAACAUGCUGGUGUACAGAAAGAUGGAAGACGUCAUAGCUCGCAUGCAAGAUGAGAAAAAUGGAAUUCCCAUUCGUACAGUCAAAAGUUUUCUUUCCAAGAUCCCCAGUGUCUUUUCUGGUUCAGACAUUGUUCAGUGGUUGACAAAGAACUUAUCUAUAGAAGAUCCAGUGGAAGCUCUACAUUUGGGAACACUGAUGGCAGCACAUGGUUAUUUUUUUCCAAUCUCAGACCAUGUUCUAACACUAAAGGAUGACGGCACCUUUUAUCGAUUCCAGACGCCCUAUUUUUGGCCAUCAAAUUGUUGGGAGCCAGAAAACACAGACUAUGCGGUUUACCUCUGCAAGCGGACAAUGCAAAAUAAAGCAAGGCUAGAGCUAGCAGACUAUGAAGCUGAGAGCUUGGCCAGGCUACAGCGAGCAUUUGCUCGGAAGUGGGAGUUUAUUUUUAUGCAAGCCGAAGCACAAGCAAAAGUUGACAAGAAGAGAGACAAGAUAGAAAGGAAAAUUCUUGACAGCCAGGAACGAGCGUUUUGGGAUGUGCACCGGCCAGUGCCUGGAUGUGUAAACACUACUGAAGUGGAUAUAAAAAAGUCUUCAAGAAUGAGAAAUCCACAUAAAACAAGAAAAUCUGUCUAUGGCUUACAGAAUGACAUCCGAAGUCAUAGCCCUACUCACACACCAGUACCAGAGACUAAGCCACCCACAGAAGAUGAACUACAUCAAGAGAUUAAGCACUGGCAAAUGCAAUUAGACAGACAUCGAUUAAAAAUGUCAAAAGUUGCAGAGAGUCUAUUAGCUUAUACAGAGCAGUAUUUGGAAUAUGAUCCUUUUCUUGUGCCCCCUGAUCCCUCAAACCCUUGGAUAUCUGAUGACACCACUUUCUGGGAACUGGAGGCAAGCAAAGAGCCAGGGCAGCAAAGGGUGAAGCGAUGGGGAUUUGGCAUGGAUGAAGCUUUGAAAGACCCUGUGGGAAGAGAGCAAUUUCUCAAGUUCCUGGAGUCAGAAUUCAGUUCAGAAAAUUUAAGGUUCUGGUUAGCAGUAGAAGAUCUGAAGAAGAGGCCUAUCCGUGAAGUUCCUGCUCGCGUCCAAGAAAUCUGGCAAGAAUUUCUUGCUCCAGGUGCACCCAGUGCCAUCAAUCUAGAUUCAAAAAGUUAUGACAAAACCACACAGAAUGUAAAGGACCCUGGAAGAUACACAUUUGAAGACGCUCAGGAGCACAUUUACAAACUGAUGAAAAGUGAUUCUUAUCCUCGUUUUAUACGAUCCAGUGCCUACCAGGAGCUGCUACAGGCCAAGAAAAAGUUGGAAAACACACUGGAUCGUCGAACAUCUUUUGAGAAAUUCACACGCAAUGUGGGCAGAAACAUCCCUAUUUUCCCAUGCCAUAAAAACUGUACACCAACACUGAGGGCGAGCACUAACCUGUUAUGAAAAGAGGUAAAGGCUUCCUGUAAUAUGCUUUGAAUCCACUGCAAUCAGGAACAAAUUUGAAUUCAAUGGGACAAAGUCAGUGAGACUAAAAAGUAAAUAAACAGCCACAAAGGAAACUAUCUCAAUGUUUGAAACAAAAACCCCUAUUUUUUGCAUGGUGGUGUUGCCAUAGCAUGUUGCAGUGUGAUUUGUGUGUUGUCUGAACAGGUUGAUCUAUAAAACAAUGUUAUACGUGACAACAUUAUACGUAAUGAUUCUACUUUCUUCCAUGGAGAUGUUUAACAGGAAGUUCCACAGUAAUAAACGAGCCUGGGUUAAUGAGAGAGAGCACAGACAAUACAUCUGGGACCCCUGAGAGGCAAGAUUUUGCUCAUCACAGUGCCUGACAAACUACAAUAUAUAGGCUGGGUGUUUAAUUAGCCAUCAGAUCAGGAACUGGUUAUGGUAAAAAGUACAUAAACAAGUGGCUGUAAGGAGAGAAAUAGUGAGCACCAGACAGAGGAAAGGAAAACACAACGAAGAACUGUAAAAGUGAACACAGAUGGGGAGGCACUACAGUUAGUCUCUCACAAAAGCAUCAGCCCUGUACACCAGCACUGGAGCAUACUGCCCUGCCAGCAUGCCCAACAUUCAGCAGCUAAUCUCAGGCAGAAAUACAGAGCAGCAGGAUGCUGGAGAUGCAAGGCAGGCCCAGUAGCAAAGCUGUGAGCUAAAAUGAGGGGAGCGAGGAUUUCUGAAUGUGAAGCAUUAGUACUUCAGUAGAAGGCGGCGAUUCUUUUCUCAUAGCACAAGCUAUAAAGUAAAUUCUGUGCAUUUGCUUUUCCUCAAACUACUACCCUAUGAAUUUGCGUGGAAUCUGUCAUGUCGGGACAGCUAUGGAAAUAAAAAAUAUCACUUCUAAGUAUACAUUCCUGAUGAGAUGAGCAGCUCAAGAAUAUCAGGGUUCUCAGGUACAAACAUUUUUCUGUGAGACCUGAGUUUCUAUUCCACAUGGACCCAGGACCCCUUGCCACCACGGAUCCUUAUUCUUCCAUUCUUGUUCUUCAUUAUGAUGAGUUUAUAAUGUAUAAUUAUGUGCCUCGGUACACUGGUUCUAACAUGCAGGGAUAAAGCAAGUGUUUCUCAGAAUAUCCUACUGAUUAACUUGAUCUUCUGUGAAGGGACAGGCUGUGGUAAAAGACCUGCUCUUCUGAUUAAUACAGAAAAUAGAUGUGAAACAGGUCUUCUGCAGCUUACCCAAAUGCAGUGGUCUCUGAAUGAUUUAUAAAGAAGGAAAUUGUAUUUUCCCUUCUGACAAUUUAGAAAAUUUAGACUCAUUUCCACUGUUAUUUUUCUCAAUUACAUCCAAGAGGCUUUGCAUCGAACAAAAUCAGACCUCAGUAUUUUUAUUUGAAAUAUUAAACAAACCCAACCAGAUGCGCAUAGGGACUGUACAUGAGAGGAUGACCUUGUGAUUCAUAACCUGAUUUGUUGAGCUGAAACUAUAAGAGAUUUCUGAAUCUUAUGUUAGCUUUUAUUGGAAGUGGAUUAUGCUUGCAACAGAUAGCAGUUGCUAAGCUAAAAAAUUUAGAAACUUUCUAAAUGCUAUCCCUCUACAUUAAUCAUAAUAUUAAAUGAAAAUCACCUAGGAUAAUCACUCAUUAUUUUAGUCAGGGUGGGAAAAAACAGAAGUGAAUCUAUCUACACAUAAAAAAUAGGCUUAGCUUUGCAUUUCCUUGACACAGUGGAGUUUUCUUUUCAGAAAGCUUUCAAAAAUUCAGUACACUUUAUGAAAGCCCUGUAUGCACAACUAAAAGCACUAGUUAUUUAGCUUGCUGUGUACAUUAUACAGUGCAGUUGCUAAUGCUUUUGGUGGUCUGCAAGAGACAAUAUGAACAGUGUCAGAAAUAUGCUUACAUAAAGACAUAAUACAGGUAAAGUAAUAGCAAACUUGUAUUUGCUGUAUGUAAUAUUUUGUCCAAAAUAAAGUCAGGAAACUUCCUCUAUCUCAGGUAAUAACAUCUACAUAGCAUAGAAGAAAAACCACAGUUGAAGGAAGGUGCACUGAUAACACUGAUGGGAGAAAAGAGGUCCUUUAAGGAAGACUUUAAUUUCUCCUUCACAUCAGGAACUGUGACAGUCACAGAGUGGUAGUCUCUGAGCAACACACCUUUGUGAUCACUUGCUCGUGUUUAGCUGUGAUCAGUGGUCCGGAAACACAGAACAAAGCAUCUCAUUUACAUAGGCUCAUUUCUUUUCCACUACAUGCAAAUUUUCCUGUCUUGGCAGGAGACCAGUUAACAGGGCAGGAAAGUGCAGUCUUUUCCUCAGAGCCACCCCGGGGAGAUGUUCCAUCACUGCAUGUGGGUGUGACAGCUUCAGAUGCCACCACCAGUGUCACAGUUUUAUCUGUUGCUGCUUAACUGUAGAGGUGAAAAAAAUGGGCUUGUUGCAAGUUUGUGGUGUUUUAUGAAAAAACAGCCAGUAAAAAUUUGAGUAAACUCAGUUCAUUUAUUAAAUCAGAGUCAUCAAAUGAUAUCUUCACUUGUAGCCUCAUAAGCAAGAACCCCAUUUAAUAACACUGAAUUUAAAACCACUAUAUCUUACAUUACCUGUGCUCUUUCCAGCUGUCUGCUUCCACUUAGCUUAGAACUUGCUUACCAGUUUCCUUUGAGGAUUUUCCUCUCCAAACUAGUAACAUUAGACUAUUUAAUGCAUGAGAUAAGAAAUAUGAAGGCCACGGAACACAGCAUACAUUCGCAAUCCAAUGUCCAGUGUAACUUAAUAUGAAAAACUGAAAAUUAUGGUCUAGAAGUGGAAAUUAAAACUCUUUAAAAUAGCUUCCUCAUUUCUUUUCAGUGGGGUAUAAACUUUACAGAUAUUUAAAUUGAUGUUGCCAUGUUAAGAACUGUCCCUUCACUGAGAAACAAUGCAGAUAUGAAUUUCCCAUUAGCCAAUAAAUUUUUCUCUGGACAGAUAAAACAACUUUUUACAUACCUGGGGGCCAGACCAGAAGUCCACUUGGCUCUGAAAUCCAAGAAUGGGCUAUAUUUUUCUGGAGAAUAGCAUUUUGAACAAGCUUUAAUGCAUUACCAGCUGUAGGACCUUUUGUUCAGUUAUGGAAAGUGCAGUCAUGGAAGUUUUCCUUGUUAGACUUUUGAAAUUUGCUUACAGGUUUAUUCUUAAAACAUGGAAGAAAAACAGUAUGUCAGAAAAAAACCACAAAGCUUUGAAAGAUCAAAAAACAAAACAAAAAAAACCCCUCACCUAAAAAUAACAAAUUAUUAUAGAAAUGAACUUUCUCUUUUUUAGAAAAGAAAUGACUUAAUGGAAAAAUAACAAUGAUAAUAAUAAUUGAAAUUUUGAGUUUAGACUAAUAAUUAGUCUAAAAAUCUAGGUUGUUUUUGAGGAAUGAUGCUCAGCUUAAUGAGAAAAAUCAAAAGGAGAAUCCUUAGGAGAUACCAGUGAAGGUUUGCCUCCUUGCCCAGUUCUGCAAUGAUGAGCUGAGCUGCCUUGUUUUUUGCUGGGGCAGAGGGGCUGCUGGCAACAGCUGGGUCUGUCUCCAUUAGGAAACAGAGCACUCCCAUUCAGGUACUAGGACAGUGACUGCCAUUUCCCAGCUGACAAAUAUUUGCCUGUGUACUGAGCUACUGGAAGACUGAGAAAUACAGAAUGAUACCAAAGCAAACUACCUGUCAUGGCACAUGGUGUCAUUGGCAUCUUAGAAAAUCUUAGAUUUUAUCCCAUCCUUUCACUGGCUUUUUGAGUUUAAACUAUCCCAUCUGGCAAGAGCUUGUUGGUUAAGCACAAAUUAGUGCAGCUCAUCAGAAUAUGCAGAUUACCAGGGAAGGAGAAAGAGGGAGUAUCACCCAGUUUGGAACAUGCCAAGAAUAUGCAAUUGCUCAGACACUGCUUUUUGUCUAUGAACUGCUCCAGGACAGGGAACAGACACAGUGCAAAAUUAGGAAAGGACUGAAAUACCCACUAUAGGCCCCUAAAUUGAGUAAAUGCUAACCUCCUCCUCUUCAUCACCUUCCUGAAAGAGAAAUACGCUAGCACAGCUGGAUGAAAAUCAAAGCAAAAUCCUGACUCUCUAGGCAAUGCUAAAUUCAUUUGCAUUUGCUUGCCUUAGAGGAGCGAGGGCUGGCUAAAUCCUGGCUAGAGACUUACUGUUUCUGCUCCUGUGCCUUUCCAGAUGUGCUCCUGCCAGGGGCUGUUUAUCUCAGCACUGUGUGUGGCACCAGGGAUGUCACCUGGGAACUUUGCCUGCUGAUGCUGGCCAAGCUGCUGGCGUUCAGCGUGUAUGCCACACACGAGCAGAUCAGGAAUGGUGAGAGCCAAUCCUCAUUUUGUCUCAUUUUGACCCAAAUAGGGUUCAUGCCAUUCUCCCUUUUGGAUGUGGAGUUUCCCUUUCUAGUUCUACCAGCUUGAAGUAUGAGUCCUGGGGACAAUCAAGAAACUUGAAAAAGGAGUCACUGAAGUUGCUUAGCAGAAAGAAAAAUAAUUCAAAAACUAAUCUCUUAACCUUCAUAUAUUUCAACUCUUGUCCCUAUAUAAAUUUCACAUUGGUUUCUUAUGUCACAUAUGAAUUGAAGUUAUUGCUGACUGACUUGCCAGAUUAUCUAAGCUGUGAGUGUCCAGCUACAUAAAUAGGUCAGUCAGCAUAUUUGUUGCUCAUAAAUCUGCACAUACUUCUGUAAUUUUCCCCCAAGCUCUCUAAAAGUACAGUUGGAAGGACAACUCUGCAUUUAAGAAGUUAAUACAUUAAGGUAGGUGAGAGAAUACUGAGGUCAGUUAUUUGGUUUUCAUCGAUGUAAUUGACUCACUCCAGCUGCUCUGCAGCCUACUUGUACUCUGACUCCCUUGUUGGGAUACAGAAUCACAGUAUCAUAGAAUCCUUAGAGUUGGAAGGGGUUUCUAAAGGUCAUUUGCAUAUGUACACAAGGCUUCAUUUGGCUGGUGAGCUAUCAUAAAAUUGUUAAAUUGUUUCAAUUUGUAUGUCCAAAUUAAACCUAAAAGACAAAAAUCCUUCUCUUGUUUAGAAUUUGGCCCUAUACUCCUGCAUGUUGAUGGCAAGAAUACAAUAAAAAUAGUAAAGAUCUCCUUUUCCUUCUUCAGAUGAAAAUCCAGUACUUCAGAAUUUGUUUUUGAAUGUUCUUUAAUCUUGCAAGCACAGCAGACAUUUUCCUAUGUGUGAUUAGUCAUAUGCCACACGUUUUAGAACUUGCCCAUUUGUUAUAAUUGACCAAAUUUGGCUUAUGGAAAUGUAAUUAACAUUAUACCUCAAAUAAAAAUCAGAUUAAUCUCUGGAGAGGGAAGGUGGAGAAUAAGUCAUCCAGAGAAAUCCUUAAAUUAGGAGAAAAACUAUCCGAAGUCUUUCAGCUUACUGUGGUGAGCAGUAACCAGGGAGGAAGUGAUGCCAAAUAACAAAAUUUUCAUGACAUCUUAAUGCAUCUAUAGGGAAAAUUUCAGUUAAUACAUAGAAUAAGGUUAUCAAGUCAGAUCAACUCAUGAAUGUAUAGUUUUUUGCCCAUGCUUAGAUCCAAAAUUCCUACUUUAUGCAAUAUCACAGUUCAUUCCAGAGAUGCCAGAAUGGUUCAUCUCAAAAUUCCAUGGAAUUACAACGCCCAGAGAAUUGGCUGUUGCAGAUGAGAAGACAAAAUUAAUUCACAGUUUUUAUCCCCCCAGUGUGCAUGUGUUGCCUUCCAGUGUGUUACUGAGGGAACUGUUCUAAUAACUAAUAGAAACCACCAGAGAGAAUUCAUUUUUAGACAGUUCCAUACCCCAUGGAACUCCUACAUAGUUAUAAAAAGUAGCCAAGCAUGUAGGCCUGCAAAAUUAAGCACAAAAAUCUCCAUGAGAAGUAUAGAUCAGCAUUUGCUGAAUAUUUUCUUAGAUUAUGUCCAAGACUGACAACCCUGCAUCACCUCUAAAAUCACUUAAUAAAUUUGGGCAUACCGUCUUAAAUUGUAGUAGUCCACUGCCAUGUAGCUGUGGAAGCUUUUUGGUUAUCUAAAAAGUGUUUAGCUUAGUGGUGUGAACAGCUUACUUACCACAUCAUGGGAGAACAUAAUUCAAGGCUAAACUAGUGCCAAAAUGCUGAAUUUAAUGUAGGUAGAAAUUCAUAGAGUUACAGCUAGAUAAAGGGAGAAGACUAUGCCUAGAAGGAGAUAUGCUGUCUUUCUAAGAAGCAAGCGCUAUUACUGUCAGGCAAUAUGGUGAACUUGAGAGAUGAGGAAUCUAAUUCAACAUUACAGACCAUUAUUUCCCUUCAAGAUUACACUGUAGGGGGAAAAUCCACCUUCAUCUGUAUGACAUUUAUUUCAGAGCACGAAGAGUAAAAUGGCUAUUCUUUUUGUCAAGACCCAUUCUGGAAUAUUGCAUGUAAGCAAAUGUUCAAAACCAGCUUGCAAACAGACAUUCCACAGAGUUACAGUACAACAGAUUACUUAACAGAUCAUUGAUAAGGCAGAAUAAGUUUAUUUACCAUUUACUGCAGAAGUCCUCUCUUCACAGUUACAUUUCUUACUGAGUCUCUUUGAAGUCAGUUUGAUAUUAAAAUGAACAAUGCAAUAGAUGUAAAUAUUAAAUAUCCUUUAAAUGACAAGUUGGAUAGAACCUUUUACUUUUUUAUUUUUAUGAACCAUUUAUGGUAUGUUAUCAGGGUAUCCCUGUGGUGUAUUGAGAAGUGCUGUAAGCUUGCUGUGCCAGCUCUGCCUCUGCUGAAUUGGUGCCACAGCAGGAUGGCCUGAGGAGAGCUAACUGACAUCUUGUGUGGUUUUGUGGCUUUUGUCUGGCUCAGCUAAAGCUCAAGUCUGCCUGAAAUAUGCCAUCACAACAUAUCCACACUAUCCUACCUGCACUGUACAUCUAACUCUUGGGGGACACAACUUCUGAAAAAAACUGAAACAGCAUUCCUGCAACAGGAGAACUGAUGAGGAAAAAUACAAUGUGAAAAUCCAAACACCUUCUAUGCAGUGUUAGGUAGUUCUAUGUAACAUACCUGACCAAUACUCCUCAUAAAUAUUAUAUGCAGUCUCAGCAAGUCUAUUGCAAAUUUCAUGGAAAAGCUGCUUUCCUGCCUGUAUGCCAUCUGCCUCUUACUUUCUUACUUGAACUGUAAAGUAGCUUUCUGCAAUCUGAUGGAGCUACUAGAGUGUGCACAUUGCAGUAGCACGAGGCACCCUCACUUCUGGUGGCCACCUUCAAGUAGUUCUGGGAGAGACCAACAGCAAAACCCUCAGCAGUAGUUUCUUAACAGCCAAACCCCAUCUCAUUCAAAACUGGCCUUUGAAUUUGCUGGAUUACGCUCUGAAACAGAAUGGCUGGCUGGCAGUGCAGGUGUGCAAGUGUCAGGGCUUCCUGUGGUUUAAGAUUUGACAGACUCCAGUUGGUGCCCCUAGAUAUUUGACAGUGAUGUGGCAACACUGAGUGGUUGCUGAUGAACAGGUUUGCAGUGAUCAUGCCUCUGUUUUCUGUUUUUGUUUUUUGUUUUUAUCUUUUCCUCAGGGGAAAUCGCUCACAUCAAAGAGGUUAACCAGUCUAGUGCAGUCCUACUAAAAGGAUCACCUUGUAGCAUGGAAGCAGACUCAAAUCAUUAUACAUACUUUGUAGCUCACUGAUUGCCUGAAUCAGAGGACAGUAGAACAAGAUGUUGCAUGAGCAAGGACCUGACUUGUUUUCUUUUGUGUAUACUAAGGCAUUACAGACUCCGAGGGACUCUCUAGCCUUUCGAUGCCUCCAUUUCGAAAACUGUCUGCUCACUUCCUCCUUCAUAUCAAGCUGGAUCUGUGUCUUUUUAUUUUCUGCAAGCUCAAGUACAGUGAAAAAAAAGCUUCUGCUAGGCACAGUUUAUUUAAAAAAAAAAUACGUCAAUCAAAAACUGGAAGAUAUGUAAAAAAUGCAUAUAUUAAUAAAUAUACAUAUGGCAUCACAUUUAUUGCACAAUAAAUUAGCACAGAAGGUUUCAUUUCACUGAUGUAUUCACAUUGAGAAAGAAAGCCUGUGUCUUUGUCUGUUGUCUGUAUAUUCUCUGUUAAUGUUUCUUGCAUUUAUUUUUAUACCAUAUUUAAAAAAGAACACCUUUUACUCCAGAUGUAUUAAAGUUGAUCCUUCCUCUGUAAAUUUGUGUAUGUUUAUAUUGUUGUUUUAUCUUUCAUUAAAAUAUGCAGAGUCUCUUUCC